UAAGAGCUGCGAAUGUAUUUAUUUCCUAUAAUAUGGAGUUAUUGCAGAAAUUUAAACAAAAUGGGUUCUUUACUGCAGAGUUGUAUCACUUGCUUGCUAAGAAGAAGUUGGUGGAUCCAUCAGAAGAGAUUGUACCAUCACAAUAUAUAAAAGAAAUGAAAAUGUCAACAACAGAACGUUUACAGCAAUUACUGCCUAUACAAGUUGAGAAUUACGUUAAAUCUGGUAGCAAGAGUAACAAAGUUGUACUAUCAUUUUCGCCUAGAAUAAUUAUAUUUCAAAACUUUAAGCCUAAUGAAAAAGUUGUGGCAAAAUUUUCAGUUAAAAACAUAAGCAAGGCGCCAACAUAUUUGAAUAUGGUAUACAAGGAAUCUUCAUAUUUCUUUAUCAAACCUUGUGGAGGCCAACUUCUAUCGAGAUUGGCUCCAGGAAUUAGUAUUACGUUUGCUAUAACCUUUCAGCCUGUUCAAUAUGAGGAUUACACUCAUAGAGUAACUUUCUAUACUGAUAUUGAUCAAUACGUUUUACCACUAAUAGCAAUGGGACCAAGGCAUGUGUUUGAUUUCCCCGAUCGGGUAAUUAUCCCAAAGACACCACUCAAAAUUGAAAGUUAUGUUCUAAUUUCUGUUCACAAUAUUGGCAUAGUUCCUGGUGGCUUUACAUUUAGUACAAGAUGUCCAUUUUCGGUGCAGCCAAAAUCUGCGUACUUGAAUCCUAAUCAAAAAAUUGACGUAAGAAUUGCGUUGAAGACAAUGCGCUUGGGAGACACAAAUAGCAUAUUGAGUGUUUUAUUUGAGACAGGAGAGAAUUUUAAAAUAGAAUUAUUUGGUUCAACUUAUACUGUCAGCGUAGAGUUGGAAAAGCAAGUGGUGAGGUUUUUCGACACCUUCAAUACACUUGUUCGGCAGCAGACAUUUAAAAUCACAAAUAAGUCUGACCACGUUUUGACCUACAUGUGUAUGAAGAAUGAUUGUGUUUACUAUGAUUUUGAAGAAAAAGUUAAACUAGCAACUGUGUUCUAUAAUUUAAAAGAAAAUGAAUCUAAUAAAACUGCAAAACUAGUUCAUUAUGAUGUUUUAAGUAGUGAUGAACAUGAGAGAGUUUAUACAAGGAUAUUUUAUGAUGAAAUUCAAGCUUUAGUUGCUGAUGAGUCUUUACAACAUCAAAAUAUGCAUUUUACUAUAUCUCCUAUACAAGGCAAAUUAUGGCCUAAAAAAACAACAGAGUUAACUAUAACAUUUUCACCAAAAGAGAUCGGGGAAUUUAGCACAAUCGCAUAUUUGGACAUCGACGGAGUGAACGACCGUGUUCCUCUUAAAAUUGUCGGAACGUCGUUACCACCUUCUAUAAACCUAAAUUUAGAAACACUGGACAUGGAUUGCGUAUACAUAAACAAAAAAUACGACUAUGAAAUUGUAGCUAUGAAUAAAGGUCAUAUCAAUGGGUUAAUAGUGUAUAAAAAUGUCCCGCCUUUAUUUGGAAGUAUAAUCACAUGCACACCUGAAAUGCGUUGUUUACGUCCCGGCGAAAAAGACAUUUUCGUUAUUUCUUUCUGCAACUCAAAUCAAGGUCCUUUCUUUGAGGAAAUAAACUUUUCUAUUCGCGACACCGACGUCGUAUUAAAAGUGUAUUUAAAAGGAAUUGUUAUUUAUCCAUCACUGAUGUUUAGCAUACCUUGCUUAGAUUUUGGGAUGGUGAGCUUAGGAAUUCCAAAAACCAUGGAUAUUGAAGUGAUUAAUGAAUCAGUAGUCGAUGUAGCUGCAAAUAUAAAAAUAUCGUCAGACGGGCCAGAAAUAAGUAGCAUUACAUUAGAGGACUAUGCUGUAGCUGACAGUCCUAAACCUAUUGUACCUCAAUGGCCUAGAGAGUUUAAUAUAUCCCCGGAUAAGGUUAAUAUAGGCCCUGAGUCGCGUGUUUCGUUGAAGAUAACACUAACCGCAAACUUAAUAAGAGCAAAUCAGACAUCUUUAGAAUUAGAGUUAGAUAAAUCGGAUAGCCCACCAAUCGUCUUACCAAUUACGUUCAACGCAAUGGUACCACACAUUACACCAGCACCAGAUAUCAACCUUAGAGCAUGUUUUUUAGACUUUCCAUAUAAACAUGAAAUUGCUAUAUCUAGUAAUAAUUUCUGGGGGUACUUCACGUUAGUAGAACCAGAGGAACCUUCAACUUUGGAAGUUGAAGUCGGAGUAAAAGAAGGCAUCAUUAAGCCUAAUAGUACCUUAUGUUUACCAGUGACUAUAAAAACUAGUGUAUUGGGAGUUCAGGAAUAUUCCAUAAGGGUUCAUCUGUUUGGGCUGUCAACACCUGUCGAAAUUUGCCACAUCAAUGGAUGCGGUGUAAGACCUAUUGUGACCUGUUCACCCAUGGCACUGCAUUGGGGUCAGGUUAAAUUGUUAACAAAAAGCCAGAAAAUACUUACAUUAUGCAAUGACUCCCCAGUUGUUGUUAAUUUCCGAGCUUCGUUGUUAAAUCGUGAUGGUCGGUGGCAAAUAUCUCCUAUGGAAGGUUAUAUUGAACCUGAAUCUGAGACAGACUUGUUACUCAAUCUGUACCUUAUAGAUGCUGAUAGCUAUUCUAAUAAAGCGGUUAUUCAAUUGGAAAAAGUGAAAGAUAUAUUGGUGCCAUUAUCUGCUACAGGUGUAGGAACAAGUAUAUUGGUUGGGGAACUAAGAGACAAGGUAAUGCUGGGCCGACACUUUACGAGAAUCCCCUUGAAUUGCCAAGUUAUAAUGGAAAACUGUGGCACCCGUAUGCAUGCUCUUGAGUGGAGUGAACACUAUAAAGCUCCUAAAACAAAGCAACACGCUACCGGAUUUUUCAACUUGGAUCCUAAGAACUUUAAAAUGGCUGCUGGAGAAAAAUUGGAUUUAACAAUAACAGGGUUAUCACACAAAGUCGCCACCGUUAAAGAAAUGUGGUAUUUGGUUGGAAGUGUAGAGGGUAUAAAUAAAAAGGAAUUACUAUUGGAAUGCCAGAUCAUUGCGGAAUUUGUAGAUCCAAAAAUAGAAAUAUCCUCAAACGUACUGGAGUUUCAGUAUGAUUAUGGUCCAUAUAGUGAAUUCUAUAAAUUAACAGAUAUUGUCACCAUCAAAAAUGUUUCAAAAUUACCCCUGGAUUUUGAAAUUAGCGUCAAACCACCCUUUGCGCUUAUUCAAAAGCAGGGCACUUACAAAGUUUUACCACACGAGGAAAACUUGUGUGGGUGCAUAUGUUACAGAGAAACAGAUUUAAAUGUGCCAAAUAUGAUUACCGAAAAUGGACUCCAACAAUCUAAGAUAUUUAUAGACUUUUUAACUCUUAAACCGGUGGACCCUCUACGAAAUGAGCCACUACAUUUCUUUCAAGAUAUGAAUAAAAUAAAAUUAGCUUUUAAUCUAACACAUGUGAUUGAAGAGCGACUGGAAGACCAAGAAGUCAUGAAAAUACAGAUUUUAUUUGACACGACCAAACAUCAAUCUCUUAAAUCUCGAGUGUAUUGUGAUUUGUUCAGAAUCAAAUUUAAAGGACACAAGAACAAAGAUGCAAUCAAAUUAAUAGGAAAAAUAAACUUUCCAAACAUGUUUGUGUUAUCGCCACGAGUUGAUUUUCAGUGUGUGCUGAAUGGAAGUAUUGAAAGCAAAACUAUAAAAAUUCAAAAUGCGACACCUCUUUUAGUUUGUUACAGAUUUAAUUGGAAAAAGUUUAAUAUAUCUGAUACAAAAAUGCCGGAAAUUUCUAGACAAGAUAUAAGUAAAGGUCAUAAGGUUUCUACAAAUGAAACUGAGGCUAGUGUUGGAUCUGCAGCUGAUAAUCCGGAGCACGAAACUACGGUCAGGGAUGUAGCAUCUCCUCCUUAUGAACUUGACGAGACCAGUUCAGCAAGUAUUGAUGACCGCAAGGAAGAUUUUCAAUUAAAACGAUAUAUAACCAUGAGUAAAAUUACUCCAAUGAUUGAUGCGGAUUAUGAGUCAGAAUUUGAAUGGAGUUAUAAGUUCUUUAAGAAAGAUAUGCGAUACCAUGUUGGAGCGAAUGACGUUUUGCAGUUAUCUCCACAUCGCGGUCUUUUAAAACCGAACGAAGUACAAUACGUUCAAGUAAUUUUUAGACCUAAGCUAAAUAUGAAUAUUCGCGCUAUCUUAGAAUGUGAAGUACUUGGUGGUCCUCCGGAAACUAUAGUAGUUACUGGCCAAAGCUGUGAUUUGAUGUACAAAUUAAACUCACGCAAAAUUAAUUUUAAAAUAAAAUCCUUUCAUGAAAAUGCGAUAGAACAACUUAUUAUGUCUAAUAUAGCACAGCUACCUUUUGAAUAUAAGACUUAUUUAAACGAGCCUAAUUUCGAAAACGACUUGUAUGGAACGAUCUUAAAUAUCAUACCAGAUGAAAAAGUGUUAGAGCCGGAGGAAACCAUUGAUGUCAAUAUUGAAGUAAGACCAGGGGCUAUGGGUUAUUUUAACACGGAAUUCAUGUUAGAAAUUGGACAUUUGCCUCUAAUACCUAUUGAAGUAUUUGGGUGGGGAGUGAUACCACAAGUAUAUAUAUCAUUGCCAAGGCCAGAAAUGUCUAAGCUUAACCCAGAACUGGGAUAUAAAGCAAUACCUACAUUGACUGAAGAAUAUUUAGAAGCUAUACAUGAAAUAUUCACAAGAAGCACUUCCGAACACUUAAAUUCGCCGCUAACUGAGAAAUGUUUUGAAGAUCCUAUGUUUCAAACGGAUUGGCAUAUUUGUUCAUCUUGGGACGCGUAUCCAUCAACGAUGGAUAUUGAACUUGCUAUUGAAAGGAUGUUAGUAAUCAAUUAUAUACGAUUGCGCCCAGACCUCUUAAAUGUCUAUUCUACUACGUCUAAAAUGAUACCUAUACCAGGCUUUCAAACAACACCAUACGUAAUAGAUUAUGGAGUAGUCAUAACUGGAAGCACAGUGCAGUGCUGUGUUGAUAUAAUUAAUUACGGACCUAUAGUAACUAAACUCCAUUUCGCGAAAGGAACUCGUAUUCCACAGUGGCUUGGAUUAAAAUUAUGUGGAAAACUAAAUGCGGGCGAAACAGGAAAAUUAGAAGCAACAUUUGCUCCUACUUCAAACGAUUUUACGGAAUUAGAACAAAUUGUUGAAACAUCCUUUAAUAUCGAUGUGCCGUAUGGUGUUACCAUCCCAAUUCAAAUCAAAGCAUUGUGUGCGGUACCAUAUUUGUCUUCGAACGUAAAAAUAAUAGACUUUGGUACAAUAAGAUGUGGUGACAAAGUUGUUUGUUCCAUACCACUCAAAAAUGUUGGUAAACCUGCAUGCAUUUGGUACGUUAAUUUAAAAGCUAAAAGUCCGGGACCUAAUCCUAUGACGGUCUUAGAUACCUCUGGUAAAUAUGAGCCAGGCGAAGGUGGAUGGUUGAGUAUAGCAUUUAAGCCCACUAUGGAGUUACCAUAUGAAGGAAUUCUUAUAUUCAAAUUCCAUAUGAAUCCAAAUAGAAUGACUAUUCCUGUUGUGGGACAAGGAAUCUUACCUCAAAUUCAUAUCAUAGGACCGAACGUCAAUUUCCCACCAACAUUACCUUGGGCUGAAACUACUGAUAUAUAUUUUGGUUUAACAAAUCCUUGUCCAUUUCCAAUUGAAUUAAUUAUUGCUCAUAGCGACAUCAAAUGGAAUCAGGAAGAUGAAAUUUAUCAAUUGCUGUAUAAAUAUUACAAUAAACCGAAUGAAAUGUUAGUUUCGGCUAUAAAACCGGGAGCGGGUAUGCCUCAAGAAAUAUUGAGCUUUUACUUUAAGUUUAAGGAACAAGUUAGGAGAUGUAUUGAAGAAGAAGGUCAGAUGUCCAAGGCGUCAACUGCAAGGCAAUCUGCUUCUACUAAAAAAGCGCAAAAGAGUCCAAAAACAGCUCCAAAAGCUUCAAGUGCGAAGGAUGCAGCUGGUCCGAGAAAAGCUAGAACUGAAGCAGAAAUUGUUAAUGAUGUUAUGAAGUCUAUGAAAGAUAACGGCGUCGAUCCUCUUAAGGAGUGUCUUGACGUGUGUGAAAGUGCAACCUCAGUUAUUGAUACUGACAGGCACUCAAAAGGGAUGCUUAUAUUUUUUCAUGGUUCACCAUGUGAAGAAAUUCAUUGCCAAGAAAUAGCAUAUUCUACCGGAAAAGCACUUGGACUACCUACUAUUAAUGCAGACGUUUGUGUGGUAGAAGCAUUGUGUGUAAGUCAAUGCAACGCAAAAAUGGUGUUAAUAACUGCUAUAAAUGAAAUGUACGAACUGACACGAAAAUGCAAUAAAGAUUCUGAUGAAACGGGAAUAGAAUGUGAAGAUAAUAUAUUUGAAGAAACUGAUGAUGAAUUUGACAUUAUAUGGAAGAAAAUAGAGUUUUUAUCAAACAGCAAAAAUGUAAACACCCCUCGUUCCAAAGCAAGUGAUAAAAAGAAAAAAAAGUCGCCCACGUCGUCUAUAGCAUCCCAUACAGCGCUUGGAGCUAUGGGCUCUACUACUAUGUUCCAUAUGGAUUUGACACAAGAACUUCUCAACGAUUUCUUCAAUCAACAUAAAUUCAGUCGUGGAUUCAUUGUGGACACCUUGACAAGUAUCGUUUUUAAAAGCCCGUCACUCGUUAUAUCUACUCUCAUAAAGUGUAAAAGCAACAUAUGGAACAUACAUCUUGUAUUAUGUCAAUCAGAUUUUUCAAAGUGGGCUCAAAAUUAUGAAGAAACUCAAAGAGACCAUGAUAAUAUCGAUGAAAAUAUAUCAAAAGUAUAUGACGAAACAGAAAUAGCAGAGAUAGUAGAUUCUUUCGAAGAUAUGGGAGAUGACGAGUACGAAAAUGCGAAUCCUGAACUUAAGUCUAUUUAUAUUACCUACGGCUUAGAAGAAAGGAGAAUGAAAUAUUACGAAAAAAGAGGAUACCCCAAUGAUAGUCUAAAGCAAGAGAAAAGUGCGAAAGAUCGAAGUAAGUCAUUAUUGGUGGUUGAUAACGAAUCGAAGAAAAAAAUUAAAAAAGACGAUACGAAAGGCAAACCUACAAGUGAAUACGUAUUAAUGAGUACAAAAUAUAAUGACUAUUUAAAAAACACAUAUGAAACUUUAAUUAACUUAGCAAAUAAUUGGAUAUUAGAAGAAUGCGACGUAGGCUUCCCUAUUGUUGGCUUUAAUGGACAGGUUGUAGGUUCAACUCAUAAAAAAGUCAAGAAAAAGUCGGAGAUGCAAUUACAGGCAUCUGAAGUCGAUAUCACUGACAGAGGAUUCCCAUUAACUCUAGUAAUGUGUCCAUGCUUGCGUUACAAGAAAGCAAUUGUAAAUAUGUUUAUGCGAUCAGACCUUGUCCGAGAAGCUCUUCAAGAAGAGGAGGUAUCUGAUAUACUCAAAUGUCCUGUGAAUAUCAAAGAAUUUACAGUUUUAUUGCCAAAAACAUUCCCAUUGAUACUGAAUGAAGAACCUCUGCAAUGGCGUUAUUUGGAGGAAGCGCCGAUUAAAAAAUGCGAAUGCAAUCCGCUUACUGAUUUAAACUUACUGGAUGAUACAACACAAGAAAAUGUACUCCAUAUACUCUCAAAAUGGCAUUGCACGUGUGGUAAAAAGGUCACGUCUUCACAAACUUCAACAAGUGAAAUUCCAUCCCUGUCAGUUGAGAAAAUAAUAUCAGAAGAAAAUCCGGAGUACUUUUAUCCCUUGCCAUUACGUAGUGUGAAGUCCACGAAAGAUCAUGACGAUAGAAUAGUACUGCAUCCUGGAGAUCUAGUUAGAUGCAAAUAUUCAUUUAGUCCACAAGUCGAGGGAAACUAUAGUGUGAAACGAUUUUUUGAGGUCAGCGGCUGGCCAGAAUCUAGAGUUGAGAUAAAUAUAUCCGGAAUUUGUGAUUUGCCAAGAUUAGACAGCCGACCCAAAAAAAUGUUUGAAAAUUUUGUUAGAAGAAUCGUAGAAGACAAAGUUUAUAAAGUAACGUAUAUAGAUGAACAGAAGUUAUUUGAAUUUGGACCUAUUUUCAUUGGAAGUAACCGGAUAUAUGAAGAGCACUAUUCAAUCGACCUAAGAAAUUCUUCAUUAAUAACAGCAGACGUAGUCAUAGAAUUUUUGGAAGACACAUCAGUUUUUCAAAUUGACAAAACAUUUAUACGAUUAGAGCCUGGUUGUCGAGGAAAAGUAACUGUCUUCGCGGCGCCCGCAGAUCUCGGCGUUCACACGAGCGUGCUUCUAUUUUGCGUAAAGGAUAAUCCAGAGAUAGUUUCAAUAAAAAUAGCUUGCACUGGAGUUGUGCCUGCUGUAGAAAUUCUACCGCUGACAAAGACUAUUGAAUACGGCCGACAUUUACUAUACAGAAGAGAAGAUGAUCGUUUCAUUGUUAAAAAUGACUCAAUAUUACCAAUUAUGUGGCAAAUUCGUAAUCCUCAAGAUUUUAUUGAAGAUUUUAUAAUAGCGCAGACAUCUGGUAUAGUUCAACGCCAAGAUAAUCAAGUUGUGCCUGUCACCUAUAUUGCCUGCAGAGUUGGCGUGACAGCUCAUAAACCCCUCACAAUUGAUAUAUACGAUGCUGAAGGGAGGGGAAACCCAAUGAUUGUAGAUGUUCUUUAUUUAUCAGCAGAAUGUUAUGAUGUUAUGGUUGAGUGCGCUUACGAGAACCCGAGUGAAAAUUUCUUAAAUUAUGGCAAUGUUAAAGUGAAUUCCACAGUUUACCAAGAAAUGUACCUCUUGAAUAGAGGCAAAUAUAAUAUUUUUUACAAAUUAAAAAAGGUCAAAAACUUCCCUGAACCUUCAUUAUUGAAGUCGUUCGAGGCGGUGCCAGACUAUGGGGUGAUACCACCAACCUUGAAACUAGCAACGAUAGAAUUUGAAUGUACACCUACCACCUCCAUGAAUUUAAUAAACGUCCCAGCAUAUACAUGUUCAUUGUUAGAUGGCAGUAAAAAUCAAGUAGUUGUAGCCAAAUUUCCAGUUUGUGUUACUAUUGCCUCGUUCUACAAUACGUUUACCCUCUUUCCACUGGGAGAACUGAAUUUUCAUAUAAUACCGGUCGGUAGUGGUGUAAUGCGGGAUGUUAUUUUAAACAAUACGAGUAAAUGCCCAAUAACGUACGAAAUUAUACUACCGCCUGAAUAUCAACCUGAUCCUGAUGCACCUUUACCUGCGGCGAAAUUAAAAGACAAUAAAAUUAAAAAUCCACCGCUUAAAUGUGGAAAUUUCUUCAUAAUGAAUGACGAUAAUUUACUCGCUCCGGGAACAAGUCGGACACUUCAAAUACAAUUUAUGGCGACAGCGGCUAAAACAUUUGAAGAAACAAUCAAGUUUAUUAUAAGUGACACCUGUCCAGCCGAAGCGUGCGGGGUACCGCUUAAAUUAGUUGGCACUGGUGCGAUGCCCACGUUAGACUUCUGGAAUAUAGAAACAACAUUCCGAGAACAUUUAAUCGUGAAAAAUCUUUCUGAAUAUAAAGUUCCAGAGUCAUCGCCGCAUUGUGUUUUCGUAGAAGAUUCGGUGACAUUAUAUUUUUAUUGCGUGAAUGUCAACACAAGUUAUACAGCAACAAUAGACUUGUACAAUAGUGGCUUAGUUGCUUCUGUUCUUAGUAUGAAACUGCAUUACCAGUCAAACUCAAACCCCGAUAUCUUCUCGUUGGAUAAAUAUGAAACUCACAUCGAGCCAUUAUUACAUAAAAAUCUAGGAAUUAUAUUCAGCCCAAAGACUCUUAUAGAGUAUAGAGCUGUUCUGGAAAUUAAACUAAAACUGCUUGAUAAUCAGGAACAAUCUUUUAGAGUAUGUUUAAUUGGUGAAGGAGUCAUCCCAAGGAUUCGUCUGGUGGCCCCCCAAUUACGCCACCAUAGAAUCGCAUUGUUGCAAUUCCCAGUAACAUGUUUAGGAUCUAUCAGUAACAAACAAAUACGCUUUAGAAAUAUAAGUUCGGUCAAAACUGAAGUGAUUGCAGAAGUAUUGUGUCCACUCAAAGAAGAACGACCUAUAUUUUGGAUAACAACCAGUCAUGGUAGUGAACGUAUGAUUUUGCAAGGUAACAAUGAUGAUAUUAAUGAUUGUAUGCGACUCAUAUUACGUCCGAAAGAAUUAGCUACAUUAAAUGUACAUUAUAAUCCAAUACGAAGAGGCAGAAUUUCUUGCGAUGUUAAACUAACGAUAUUUGAAAAUCCCUAUGAAUUUUUCGUUGUAUUGUGUGAAGCUGAAGCAUUUAUGGAAGAUGUUAUAUUACUGGGUCUAGAGAUGCUUUCAAUGGAUCUUGAUUUGGAUGCAUAUAAAUCAGCAGAAGGCACUGUGUCUACAGUUUCUACGUUAGAUAGUAGAAAAAAAAGUAAAAGUGCAGCACCGUUUGAAAAAAGAAAAUCUAAAAUAGAUACAAAGAAAAGUAAAAGAAUGUCGCAAGCGUCGGUAAAACACAGUGACACUACAAGUAGUAUGGAACAUUACGUACAAAAAUAUGUUCUGGAAUUCGGUGGAUGCGAACUUUGUACAAUUCAAAAAAGAUCCGUCAUAAUGGUCAACAAUUCUGAGAAAAUGUACCGAUUUAGUUGGGAAGAAGCAGAACCUAUAGUUGUUAGACCAUCAAUUGGUUAUAUUUUACCUGGUGAAGAAAAAGAUUUGGAAAUAAUGUUCUUCUCCCAGAAACCUGUUUCAAUCAAAAAGGAGUUUCUAAACCUUUCUUUAUUGGCGGUUGAUGACGCUAUGAAUGCCGAUAUUCGAGGUAUAGCUUGGGACAAUCGACAGACCGUUACCAUAUUUGACCAUAAUGAAGAAAUUUGUGUAAAUGAGAGAUAUGAAGAAAUCAUCACAGAACAGUCCCACGUAGCACCUGAAAAUGUACUCGAUGUUUUAAAUAUGAUUGUUGUUUAUUCUGCUUUAACUGAAUACACAAAAUAUACGUGUGAUUUACGAGAAGAAAUCAAUUUAGAGGAUACCUUUAUCUAUCAAACAAGACACUUCAAUUUUAAAGUGAAAAAUGUUGGAAAGGUUCCAAUGAAAGUUGUUUGGAACUUUGUUAUUGAUGAUGAAUUUCCAACAAGAAUAGAUAAGCCUCUAAUAAAGAAAGCGAUGGAAACUGUCGAAGAAGAAGAUGCGAACAAUAUUUGCGGUGAUUCUAUUAAUCGUGAAUCUGUUGAGAAUAAAAACGAUGGUCCAAGUAAAGUAACGCUGUUUAGUGAGAAAAGUAGCAGAGAAAGUGUUGAUACUUGGUUUGAAGUAGACCUACCGUUUAUGAUAGAGCCAACCAAAGAAUGUUUAAAACCAAAUGAAAGUUGCACUUUUAAAGUUACGUUUGCGCCUCUUGAUGCAUUUAUGUAUAAAGUUAGACUAAAAAGUGGAAUAGAUAACCUGGAUCCAUAUGACAUGAAUAUAUCAUGUAAAAUAACAGCAAAAUCUUUAAUCCCCUUCGUACAUUUAGAUAUUGAAGAAAGCGAUUAUUUAACAUCAGGGAGAAGAAAAGUUUCUGGUGUAGCAUUACCAAAACAUAUCACAGUGUUAGAGUUUAAUGUACUCGGUUCAGGGUGUUAUAAAAAGAUCUUUAAUGUUAUCAAUCCCACAAGCGAAGCGUAUGAAUUUAUAUUUGAAAUGGUGAUGUCGGACAAACCGGAACUAAUACCGGUACAUUGUAACAUGCUAAAAGGUUACGUGGAAGGCGGAACUUCUACAGAAGUUGAAUUUACAUUUUCACCGACUGCACCAGGGGUUUAUGAAUCUCAAUGGAAGUUUAUAAUUCCUGUAUACUCGAUAAUAUUGAAUCUCCUCGUGGUGGGCAUUGUACGAGAGCCGGAUAUUUCUUUCGUACCAACGAUACUCUUGAUACGGAAUUCAUUAGUAGGAUUCACUACAGAAAAUAUAGUUUUAUUGAAGAACAACGAAAGCGAAGCAUUGAACUUUGAAUUUAAAGGAAAUUCUCUAUGUAAUGAAUCCGGCAAGACACCGGUCAUCGUUGAGCCAGAAAAGGGUGUUUUGAAAGCACAAUCUGAAACCGAAAUAAAAAUUAUUUACACGCCAAUACAAGAUGGACCGCUUUCGUUUAAAAUUUUCUGUAGCAUACAAUACUUGACCAAGCUACUAACAUUGUGUGUGAAUGCCCUAAGUCAUUCUAUAAAACCUAAAAUAACUUAUUAUUUGAUCGGCAAUGACCACAUUCUGAACAGUGACGCACUUACAAAUAUUCAUCUUGAUCAGACGGCGUCAACAUACCAAAGAACAAUUCCAUUUUCAAUUAAGAACGACGGCUCAGCAACGUUUUACUUCGAAUGGCACUACAAUUGCAGUUCUGUGAAGAAGUAUCUACAAGUUAGCGUAGAGCCUUACAGCGGUCACGUUAGCCCCGGCAAUGCGGUGGAAUGUACCGUCUACUUUACACUGAAACAAGUUCCUGUACAAGCGUUUCCAAUGACUUUAUCGAUUUCCGAUGGACCUGAAUACAACAUAUUCCUUCACGCUGAAAUAGAAAAGCCCUUGUACCAUUUUUCCUGCAUGGAAUAUGAUUUUGGAAAAUGUAUAGUUAACGCUCCGGAUACAACGUACAAGAAAAAUAUCGCCUUUGAAAACGACGAUAAAGAGCAAAUAACCCUGGACCUUAACUUUUCAAGCAUACCAGAAUUAUUUGUUUAUUAUCGGAACGAAGCAAUUGUAGAAGCCGGUCAGCGAAUGAAAAUUUCGAUUUACUUUAGACCUAAACAAGUCAAACAAUACGAGUUUAAAUUACAUUUCUGGGUGAAUUCAUUGUGUGAAGAGAUUGUUACAAUUAAAGGAGAAGGGGUCCCACUUCUCUUCGAUUUAUACGAAGGCUGUCAAAAAAGUUUCGAUCUUGGUCCUGUGAAAGUGGGUGAAAAAAUAAUCCGUCAAAUCGAAGUAAUGAAUCACAGUAAAGUGCCCAUAGAGGCUAGUUUUAUUUUCCGCGAUACUUACGGUAUUAUUGACGAUGGAACAAAAUCUGAAGGAACCAGUGUCUGCCUUAGUCCCAGCGCUGCCAACACGCAAGUAACAGCUGAUGCAGGUCCAUCUAGAAAUGAAAUGCUGCAACGAUACAAGGAUAAUAAAAUUCAAGAGCAAAUUGUUAUGGAUAUACAAAAUGCACUCACUUCGUUAAAGGUUAUACCAAACAAAUGCGUCAUAAAACCGUAUAGGAAAGUGCCUCUGAAAAUUCAAUUUAAACCGAUCGGAAUGAUCAGUAAGCUGAACGUCCAGUUGAACAUGAAAGUAUUCCAAUUUGAGCGACCGCUUGUACGUCUUAGCGGCAGCGCCACCGGAAUGAGUUUCUGCUUCAGCCAAAAUUCGUUGCAAUUCGGACGAGUUCGCAAGCGUGGUUGCAAGAUUCUUAAAGUCAUGUUGUUGAAUAAAGGAGACUUUGGUGCGAGAUUUUGGUGGCAGCCAUUGAAAUCAGACGAAUUUCAAAUAUCACCAAUGCAAGGCAACAUUGCAGCGCGCACAAAUGUUACUUUCACAAUAACGUUCAGACCUGCCGAACAUAAUCCCUUUAUUAAAGUUUGGGCUAGCUUAAAUAUUGAAAACUACCCUCCACUAGAAUUGGCUAUGUACGCAACAUGCGUAGAUAUUGGGAAUGUUCAGAAUAAAACACUAUACUUAGAAUGUCCAGUGAGAGAAGUGCAAACAGGAUAUAUAGUGGUCACAAACCCGUCAGACGAUCUCUGGUUAGUGUUGUCUGAAGGAUCAGGAGGACCAUUCGAAACGCUAAAAGAGUUUAACGUAGAGCCAAAUUCCACAUUCGAUAUACCAGUCCACUUCAAACCCAAAACAAUUGGAAAGCAUGAGGCACAAAUAUUAUUCUCCCCAUUGGGUGAGAGUGCGCUUUUCGUCCAGAUGGUUGGGGCAGCAACUCAUCCCAACCCAAACGGCACUAUAAACAUCAGUGUUGCUGCUAAAGACUUCCAUACUGAGGAGCUAUUUGUUUACAAUAUUACAGAAUUCCCGGAGUCAUACUUGGUAUCCACAGAAAUCGUGAAGGUCAUACCAGAGAAAUUCGAAGGAUACUAUGAAAUACAUCACCCCGACACCGUAAAAGUAUGGGGUGAAGCUGCUGCAACAUGCCGUUGGAAGUUUGUUUGUUACGAGGAAUGUGAAAUACAAGCCAAAGUUUUGUUCGUCAACGAAGAUACUCGAGAAUACCAAUUUUACAAUAUAAUAGUGUCCGUGACUCCAAGUAAAAUUGUGGACACCCUAACGUUUACAUCCCGCGCCCGCGAGUCCGUUCAAAAAGAGCUGGUUAUCAAGAACCCGCUGUCUUCAGAUGCUGAAUUUCACAUAAUAUCUGAUAAAGUAGAAUGCGCUAACAAGAUAAUGGUUAACAGGAAAUCUGAGGCUGUUCUUGUAAUGACAUAUUCCCCACUUGUCGUGGGAAAAACGGAGGAAUUUUUAGAAGUCAGUAAUCACUUGGUCGGUUCAUACAUUUACGGCAUAGUUCUUACAUGUCUACCAGCUAAGGAGAAGAAUCUAGAAUAUUCAACGCCUUUGGGCACUUCGAUACCAUUGCGUCUACGAGUGCAAAAUAAAACGGAUGUGAGAACAGAUUUUAUCGCAACGGUAUCACAUCCCUCAAUAAUAACUGAAGCGGAAUAUUCUUUAGGCCCGUUUGAAAAGGGCAAGUUUCAAGCAAAGUUUGAACCUACUGAGCUUGGAGUUCAGCACUGUAGGGUAUCUUUUGAUUCGCCCGUUGCUGGGGAAUUUGUAUUCAACAUAAAAGGAAUCGCUACUGAACCAAAGCCCCAGGGGCCGUAUGAAAUCAGAGCUGGCUCAUACACGACAAUCACGUUCAAAAAUGUAUUCGAAGAUACACGAAUGUUCAAAAUAUUUGUUGAUAAAGAGGAAUUUUAUGUCAAAACAACUUACGAACCGCUGAAACCGAAAAAGGAUAUUAAGAUCCCAGUUUACAUAAAUGACAAUAUAGUGGACUGGGUGUCGCGGGAAUACCCGACUGGAUGCCUCACUAUUGAGACUUACGAACCAUCGGAGCCGAAAGUCCAGUGGACUUAUUUCCUACAAGGACUGCCAUAACUUUUGAUUUUGUGUAAUUUUCUUAAAUAUAU